AUGAACGCGUCGAUAACGCUUUUUGUGACCAGCCAAGAAGAUCUGGCAUUUGAGUAUGAAUUGCAGUCUAAUAAUGACGAUCUAGUGGUGUGGAAACGGUAUUUGGAGCAUCGAAAAUGUGCAGAAAAUCCAGCCGCUUUGGCUUGGGUGUAUGAACGCUGUUGCUACCAUGUUCCUGACUCUGAUAGCAUGUGGCUAGAAUAUUUAACAUGGCGUGUGUCGCUACUGGCAAGGGUCAAUCCAGUGAUCUUCGUGGAAGAAUUUGUGAAAUGCAAUCAGCUCUUCGAGAAGGCCAUGUAUGUGUGUCACCAGAAUGUGGACGUUUGGGAGCUGUACCUGCGACAUUGCAUUUCUCAACAAAAUUUGGGUCUGAUACGGAAAGUGCUGAACGAGGCUCUGCGAAAUGUGACUCUCGAGCAUCACAUCCGCAUGUGGACUCCGGUCGUAGAGUUCGUUGAAACCCUACUUCAGGAACAUUCAGAAGACCAUGACCAUGAGCCAGAUCUGGACUCAAUAAUCCAGCAGUCACUUCAGGGCUCCUCCAUCGAGGCAGAUCCGGUACCGAAAGACUUAUGGUCGUCCCAUUUGCUAGCCCGAUAUUUUCAGGUAGCAGACGAGUGGGAAUACGUGCUUCGUCUUGUGGGCCUCACCGGCGACUACCAUGUAAUAUCAAAACUAUACGAAGAGAAAAUCAUACGUCGAAAAGACGUCAAACCUGUCCAUCAGUCGCUUUUCAGCUACUACGAGCUAUACCUGAAAGCUAUCGAACGCGCGGGCAGCCACCAUCAAUAUCUCCAUGCCAUGACCAAUUGCCUGGAAAUGUUUCCGGAUCAGAGUCCAAGGUUGGUAACCACGCUCAGCAUGUAUUACAUGAAAAUAAAGGACUUUUCCAUGGCAAGAAGCGUCCUGCAGGACUCGCUCGCAUCUACCGCUACUACCAAAGCUUUUUCCCACAUAUAUGACUUCUUGGUGAAGUUUUUGGAAGUGUAUGUCUCAGGAUGUAUGCACCUGGCACAACAAACAGAAACCCCGGAGGAACAAGCGCGACUGGACCACGAAAUUUCAUAUAACAUCGAGCUUCUUGAACAUAUGAUGGAAACACACCCCAUUUUGCUGAACGAUCUAAAGUUGAGACAAAAUAUUAAUGACGUGGGCGCAUGGCUGGACAGGGUUUCGUUGUACACCCUGGCGCAGGAGAAAUUAAAUGUCUACACGGAUGCCUUGAUCAAAAUUGAUCCCGAGAGAGUCGAGCAAUCAGGAAUAUUGGGAAAAUUAUGGUGCGGGUUAAGUGAGCUUUACAUUAACACCAAACAACUCGACUGUGCAAGAGAAUCUUUUGACAGAUCUACUCGAGUGCCUUAUAAAUUCAUACAGGACCUCGAAAGUGUAUGGUACAAGUGGGCUGAGAUGGAGGUGAAUUGUGGUCGCUCUUCAGAAGCAAGAAAGAUUUUAGAAACUGCACUGACAAUCCCCAAGUCCCCAGAGCUUUUGGUUGACAAAUUUUACUCACAAAAAGGCAAAGUUCCUGUUCAGGCAAUAAUAUUCACCUCAAUGAAGCUUUGGUCAUUUUACAUUGACCUUCUUGAAGCAUCUUCUUGCGCGGCUGAGGUCUCAAAAGCUUAUGAACACAUCAUCGCUCUCAAAUUAGCAACCCCGCUUCAUUUCCUCAACUACGUUCAAUUCUUGCAAGGGCAAGAGAGGUGGAACGAGAGCUUUAAAAUAUAUGAGCGUGCUCUGGCUAUUUUCCCGGCCGCAGUUUCUUUGGAAAUAUGGAACUUAUAUCUGAAGGAUUCUCUAAAGAGGUCAAGGCCUGUAGAGACAAUGCGGGAUCUUUUUGAACAAGCCUUGCUUCUGGCCGGCAGUGGCAUAGACUGUUCGUCAAUAUUCAUCCAAUACAGUGAAUUCGAACAAAAUCAGGGCAUGGACAAACGAUGUGUCGACAUUCUGGCCCGCGGAAGCCUGGAAACUGGUGAAGAAGCCUCAAGUCUCCGACUAUGGGCUCUGUGCCUGAAUAAAUGCAAGCAACUCUUGGGGCUGGAGAGCUCGCGCGCGUUGUACCAGAAAUGCAUUCAGACGUUGCCCAACCCCAAAGUGAUGCCUUUCGUGCUAGAUUUUGCACAGGUGGAGGAAACACUGUCGGACGUUGCAAGAGCUCGAGCUGUGCUUCACUUUGGCGCGCAACUAGCCCACCCGGACUCGAACGUGCAACUGUGGGCGCGCUGGAACGAUUUAGAGCUCAGACAUGGUGACAAGGCCUCAUACAAGGAGAUGUUGAGAAUCAAGAGAGAGCUUUCAGACACAAUGAAAGUCUCUACUGAGGAGGUUUCGAAACAAGACGGUAACGUGGAGUUUGUGGCUUCCAAGGUUGGUUUAAACAGCAAAUCGGAACAACCUCAACCAACACAACUCAAUCCGGCGGAAAUAUCUCUAGAUAUCUAA